AUGGAGUGCCGCCGCGCCGGUUCGCGGAUGGACUGGCCUACGGUGGUCCCGGUCGGGUUCGGUGUACAGGAGUCGCACCGUGCGGGGAGGCGGGGGCGGGCGUUCGGGUUAGCCUGGGGGGGCCCUGCCGGGGUGUUCGUGCGGGGGCUGCGCCAGGGGGGCCCGGCCCAGCGCUGCGGCUGCAUCCAGGUCAGUGACGAGCUCCUGGCCAUCAACGGGGCCCCCACGGCCGGCAUGAGCCACGCGCAGGCGCUGGCCCGGAUCCGGGGGGGGGGCAGCCGCCUGCGCCUCCUGCUGCGCCGCCCCCACGGGACGCCCCCAGCCCCGCUGGCUCGGGGGGUGCUGCGGCUGUGCGUGGGCAGCUCCCCGCGGGGGGAGCCCUGCUUCUGCCUCGUGGGGGGGCUGCACCCCUGACCCCCCGGACCCCCGCACACGGACGGUGACGCCGCAGCGAGGUUCGCCCCCCGCCCCAUUUUUUGGUGCUUUGGAUGGGGUCCCCCAGCGCGGGGGGGUCAUUCUGGUGCCCUUCGUUAUGGCGGGUGCGCCCUUCGAGCUAUGCAAGGGACCCCCGUUCCGGGGGUCGCACGGAGGUGUUGUCCCCCUCCCCAUUUCGGGGUGCUCAAUAAAGGUGGGGGCUCCCAUUUCCCACAA